AUGGUGGCCGACUGCAUGGUGCAGCUGCAAGAGGAGGUCAGUACUAGUAACAUCAAGAAGCGCCUGGGCCGGCUCUUCGCUCCACGUUGUGACGGUUCGUACCUUGUGCCGAAAGAGCUGGUGGAGCAGUACAAGGACCCCAAGCAGCGUCCAGCUUUGGAGGCGGAGUUCAGGAAGGCUGGCCUUGACAAGGAGCUGUUUCUGAAGCGUUCUGUGAAGAAGAUCAAGCGCCGUGAAUCCGAGUCGGAGAUCUGGGUGUCGGGGCAGUUUGUCUCCGACGAAGACAUGGACGAGCUUGGCCUCACUGCCAAGAGGAAGAAGGCGGUGCACGAGGAGUGUGCACGCAUGAAAGGAUGGAUCAGGCGAGAUCGCUACGAGCCCGACGUGAAGCUGUAUUGGCUGGAGAAAUCUGUGGAGGGCAAGAUGCUGAAGCGGAAGCGAGAAAUCUAUGAGGAAGAGGACAGCGAUGCUGAGAUGCAAGAAAGCGAUGAUGAGGCUGAUCUCGACGUCUUCGGGAUGAAUUGGGGCCUGGGCGAAGGUGGCGAUGACAAGAAGGUGGCUGAGGCCGAUCGGGGGGCGGAUGUGAAAAAAAAUUUGAAGUCCAUCAGCUUUCCGGAGAUGGAUGCAGAUGGCCUCCCAUCGUCCUACAUCGUCAAGGUGGUGAACUGCUUGGGCAAGUGGAUCGCGAAGCUACAGGCUGUCACCGACCAGCUUGAUGAAUUGAAGAAAACUCCGAAGUCGGAGAAGCAACUUGAUGUUCUAGCUGAAUUCACAUACGAGGCUAGUUUGCUUUCUAUGAUCAUGGAGAAAGCAAAGCUUGUGAUCUCUGGCUUGGAGAAAACGACGGAGACCAUUCAGAGCAAGCAAGCGGACAGCGUGCUUCAGGAUCAAGGUUUCACGCUUGCGACGCUCGGCAUCGCUGAGGAGGUAUAUAUGGCCAAGCGCGUGCGAAGCUUGGCUUCAGUCUUGUGGGAUGAUGAUGAAGAUGUGGAUGCACUGCUUCUGGAGUGGAAGAAACCGGACAAUCCUCUCACUGUGAGGUCGAAAGCUAAGCUAGUGGCAGACAAGUCUGAUGACGUGCCAGAGCGUCCUGAGAUACACCCUGUGCUGAAGCUGGAUCUGGUGGUUGAAAAACCUGGGCUGCUAAAGCUCCGCCGUACGAGGGAUCCGUGGUAUUGGCUUCAACAAGUGUCUCAGGAGGUCAAGGGCUUACCCCGACUUCAGCAGGAGGUCAUCCACGACCUAGAGCGAACCCAGUUUGCAAAUGGGGCGAUCGUCUUUGACCUGCCAACCUCAAGCCUGGCCUCUAGCAUACUGUCGCACGCAGAGCUUUGCAUCAGGUGCACGGAGGCCCUGAGCUUCUGCAGUGGAUGUGCGCCGAUGCUGCAGUAUAUGAAGAACCAGAAGAAGAAGGACGACACCUCGAAAAAGGAGCUUUUAUCGGACCUUAUCCGGGCUUUGUCAAGCCAGCUUCGUGAGCUUUUUAACACUGGGCUUUUGGUGAAUGGCCGGCGGUACUACUUUGGUAUUCUAGGAUUGAAAGGGGACUUUGAGUUCCACUGUACCUGCUUGCGCGACGCUGGCUUGAAAAGGAGCUACGAGCAUGUCGGCAGGGCACAGGACAUCCCUGUGUGCAUCGAGUGUGAGGCUGGGUUUCCAGACACCCCUAUGGAGGAUGCCAACGUGGGGGCUGCGUGGACAAGGACCAUUGGCAGGUCCGCGCCGUGGGAGCGGCUGCCGAGUUUUGCGCAAGUGCCCUUCGACAAUUGGUGCUCCUUUCCAUCGCGAGCCCCUGAAUUCUUUCGCCGAGAUCCUUUCCACGUUUUCCGGCUAGGCGUGGCGCGUAACUUUCUGGCUUCGGCAAUUCUGCUUCUGUGCAACUUGGGAGCCUUCGACCUUCAGGGCGAAUCAAGGUCUGUUGAGAACAGGCUGGUACGAGCUUGGAGACAUUUUCAGCUUUUUAUGGAAACUGCAUCUUUGCAUGUUGGGGGGCUCAGAAGCUUCAGCAAGAAAAAGAUGCACUUUGCCAGUGGAGGAGCGUUCCCUUGGCUUGGAUGCAAGGGAUCGGACACGAUCGUCCUGCUCAAAUGGCUGCAGGUACUCCUGGUGCAGCUUCGCAGCCGCGGUUGUGCUGUGGUCACGGGCCAUGAUUUUGCGAGCUGCCGUGCUUGUAUUUUCAUUGAGCGAGCGGUGACUGGAGGACUCCAGUUCUCGCAAGGAAUCCAUGGCCAUUCGCUUUGGUUAGUGCCAAGCUGCACCCGCUUUCUGCGGCAGAGCCUUUACGAUUUCCUGAGAGGCUACUCUCAGCUGGCACAAUAUUGCCUCGUGCGCAAGAUGCCUUUGUUCGGAAUCACACCGAAGGUCCAUGCUAUGUGCCACUACAAACAUGAACUUGAGAUGUCACUCCGGUUGAACCAGCAAGCAACCAUCAAUCCAGCCGCAUUCGAUUGCAGCAUGUCGGAGGACUUUAUAGGACGCAUCGCUCGACAGUCUCGCCGCAUAGGAUUCAAGAAGGACCACUUUGAGAAACACUUGUUACAGCAUUAUCUUCUUAAACUUUCUUUUGUGUUGCGCAAGAACUGGACAACUAUUGACGAUGGACGGCGCUCUGGUGCUAAGUUUUACGCUGGCCGCCGCAAGCGCAAAGCUGGAGGCAGGCGUUGA